AUGAAUCCCUCCAAGAGGAGAAAGUCCUCCACACCAGAGGAGCCUGCGCCGGCACAGGAGGAGAAUGAACCCGAAGAAACCCUAGCAAAGUCCUUCAAAGACCUUGGCGUAACCGAGGCCCUCUGCGAGGCAUGCGAGUCUCUCGGCUACAAGACACCCACCCCGAUCCAAGCGAAAUCCAUCCCCCACGCCCUCCAAGGCCGAGACAUCAUCGGCCUCGCGGAAACCGGUAGCGGAAAAACCGCCGCCUUUGCCCUCCCGGUCCUGCAAGCCCUCCUCGACAAGCCCCAGCCCUACUUUUGCGUCGUGCUCGCGCCCACGCGAGAGCUGGCAGCCCAGAUCGGCCAGUCCUUUGAAGCGCUCGGCGCCUUGAUUUCGCUGCGGUGCGCCGUGAUCGUCGGUGGUUUGGAUAUGGUGCAGCAGUCCAUCGCGCUCGGGAGGAAACCGCACGUCAUCGUGGCCACGCCCGGUCGUCUCGUAGACCACUUGGAAAAGACCAAGGGCUUCUCGCUUAGGACGCUCAAGUACCUCGUUCUCGAUGAGGCUGAUCGUCUGCUAGAUAUGGAUUUCGGUCCUAGCAUUGACAAGAUUCUCAAGUUUGUCGAGCACCUCCAACGAGCCAGCUUAAAGGACCCCUUCCGCGUCAGCAUCUCCAACAACAAGUAUCAAACCGUCGCCACACUCCUCCAACACUACCUCUUCAUCCCCGCCAUGCACAAGGACACCUACCUCGUCUACCUCGUCAACGAGCUGGCCGGCCGCUCCAUCAUCAUCUUCACUCACACCGUCCGCGACGCACAACGCCUGGCCAUUGUCCUCCGCUCUCUAGGAUUCGGCGCCAUUCCCCUUCACGGCCAACUCUCCCAAUCCUCCCGCAUGGGCGCCCUAAACAAGUUCAAGGACAAGUCUCGCGAUAUUCUCGUCGCGACCGACGUCGCGGCCCGUGGUCUUGAUAUCCCCAAGGUCGACGUCGUCCUCAAUUACGACUUGCCGCUCGACAGCAAGACGUACAUCCACCGCGUGGGUCGUACCGCCCGUGCCGGAAAGUCGGGUCGCGCCAUCAACAUGGUUACGCAGUACAGCAUCGAGGUCCUCGUCAGGAUCGAGGCUGCCCUUGGGAAGAAGCUAGAAGAGUACCCCACCGUAAAGGACGAGGUAAUGGUGUUUAAAUCUAGGGUCGAGGAGGCGGACAGGCAUGCCAAGCAGGAGCUGAGGGCGAUGGAGGAUAAGAAAACCAAGUUGGGCAAAACGAAGCGCGGCGCUCGUGGUGCGCCAAAGAAUGUUGAUGAUAUGGAUAAGGAAGAGAGAUAA